ACAAGCGUCACUGAAGCCAAGCACUUGCCAACCUUCUACUUCACUCAUCUGCUGACUCAGCUCGUACUCUGUGUGCUCUUCCAGCCACAUUUCCUCAACUGAAAGAUAUUUCAUUCUCAUUUUGAUGUUUGAAGCCAUGAGUUGAUUGCACACUGUUUACAUGUGUGCAGAAGAAUUAGGAUUACUCUAUAAAAUCCAAUACAACACAGAAGAAAGAAAAUCCAGAACCCAAUUCAGCUACGAUAACAACUAUGCUUCCUCUGCCUCCUAUUGAUCUCAAAGAUGUUCGGCAGAAGCUGGCCACCCAAUUCAGGCCUUGGGAACGCUCCUUUCAGUUCUGGGCUCGAGCCGUUGAUAUCUACACAGGCUACAAGGUGUUUCAGCUGCGAGUGAGUUUUGUGAAGGAUGCCAAGAAACAAGAGGAAAUGUGGGAGAGGCAACAUGAAGUUGCGGCCGACAAGAUAUAUGCUAUGUGUUCGGACAUGGGCGGUUUCUUCCUCAAGGUUGCCCAAAUUGUUGGGAAGCCAGACUUGGCCCCAGCUGCAUGGGUGAAAAGGCUUGUUACAUUGUGUGAUCACGCUCCUGCAACACCAUUUGAUGCCGUUCAACUUAUGCUGGAAACUGAGUUGGGUCGAAGUGUUGGCGAACUGUUUGAGAGAUUCGAUGUGGAUCCUAUUGGCUCUGCUUCAAUUGCACAGGUUCACCGAGCAAGAUUGAGAGGUGAUAAGAGUGAUAUUGUUGUCAAGGUGCAACAUCCUGGAGUUCAGGAUCUAAUGAUGACAGAUAUCCGUAACUUGCAAGCCUUUGCUUUAUACAUUCAAAAGACAGAUGUCAAAUUUGAUCUAUACUCCGUAACCAAGGAAAUGGAGACACAGAUUGGUUAUGAAUUCGACUUCAUGAGGGAAGCUAAUGCUAUGGAAAAAAUUCGAAAGUUUUUGUAUGAGAAUAACAAAAAGACUCCUGUUGUGGUUCCUCGACUGAUACGAGACCUAGUCACUAGGAGAGUCUUAGUUAUGGAAUAUAUUGAUGGAAUACCAAUCCUGAAUCUUGGUGAUGAAAUUGCGAAAAGGGGUAUAAAUCCUAGUGGUGAGGUUGCAGCCGCGGCAAAGCAGAAAAUCCUCCAAAGUUUGACACUAGCAUAUGGACAAAUGAUUCUGAAGAAUGGUUUCUUCCAUGCAGAUCCCCACCCAGGAAAUAUCCUAAUCUGUAAAGGUUCAGAGGUUGCAUUGCUCGACUACGGCCAAGUGAAAGAUCUCCCAGAUGAGUUGAGACUUGGUUAUGCAAAUCUUGUUCUUGCAAUAGCUGAUGGUGACCCUGUAAGAGCCUUGGAGAGCUAUAGGGAGCUUGGCAUAGAAACCUUGAGUACGUGUGAAAAUGAACAGAAGGAAAUGUUGAAGUUGGCCGAGACAAUGUUUGACACGAAAUUACCCCCUGGAGUGACGAUGUUGCAGCCUUUUUCGGAGGAAUCUUCAAUUAAAAAGAUUGCAGUUCAGGCUUUUCCAGAGGAGUUGUUUUCUGUACUUCGAACAGUGCAUCUGCUGAGAGGGCUUAGUGUUGGACUGGGAAUCAACUACUCAUGUGCAGAACAAUGGAGACCCAUUGCAGAAGAAGCUCUGUUUCGUGCUGGGAGAUUAAAAGGUAAAGAUAUCAAGGGUAGAAGUCGUAGAGGUGGUUUAUUAAGGUUACUCUGGAGAAACUGAUUGUGUUGUGAGAAGAGGUAGCUUGCUGGCUAAUAUAGUGUUCGGAUUUUUCUAAUAUCUGGUUGAAACUUGAAACUAUCCAGGAUGAUUGAAAAUUCAAAUCAACCAGUGCGUAAAUUCUGUAAACAUUAUUUUUCGGCACAAGGCACAAGCUCUUCAAUGGCUUUGCAGUGUUGUUUUAAGAGGUAAAAGAGAGAGGGAGAAGAAAUGUCUCUGUUGCAUUAUUUGAAAUGUUUUAUUUUGAGAAUCA